AUGACGCUGGGGUUGAAGAAACUGAGUAUCUACAGGCAAGGACAAGACUUGGAGGAGGACUUAGUGACUGAAAUAGGUGGAGGCGGCGCACACGCAAGGACGGGGUGGGGGACGCCUACGAGUCGCAGGACUCCUCAGGUUCAGGGUCACGGGUGCCAGCUCGGAUGGACUGACAACCCACCGCGGGCUCGGGGGCACUCCUCGCCGGUCGCGGGUUUCCAGCUGCGGGGACACCUGGACGCCACGACCCGCGCAGCCCCUCCGCGCCCUGCCCGGUCCUACCCGCGGAUCCCAGCGGGCUGGACGGAGCAGUCCGGAGCGCACCCAGCCUUGGCCCCGGCAGCCCUAGGCAGGCAGAGAAAGUUCCCUCGGCAUAGACGCCGGUGCUCCGGGCCCGGCUCACCCCGCAGCCUCGGCUGGGUGCAAGGUCGCGGGGCCGAGGUGGCGGCGCGCGUGGCCCCGGACACGGUUCCCGGAGACGAGGGAAGCGCCGGCCGCGCCCCUCCGCGCCCGGGAACGCUCAGCCCGUACUCACCGGCUCUGGACCCAGGUGGCGGCCGCGGAGGGCGGCGCGGCCGGAGCUGCAGAACCCUCACUAGCAGGCCUGUGUCCCAAAUUGAGAUGAAGGGACUAGCAGGCCGGAUUAAGAUUGCCUCUCCUGAUCCGAGCAACUCGCACUUGGACUUGCAAGAUCUCGCUGUGCAAUUAUCUAUUGGCAUUGAAGUGGCCCAACUAGACAGAAAGCGCUUGUGUGUUGGCGUUGCUUUAAAAGAAGAAGAUAGUCAAUGUGGAGAAAACAUCAGUCUGAUUCCAGUCAGUAACCUGAAUGAGAAACCUCUUCCUGGAGAAAAACCAUGUGAAAGCAGUGUGUGUGGAGAAUGCAUCGCUGUUCAUUCAUCUCUUGAUUGGUACAUCAGAACUCACCAAGGAGAGAAAGCACAUGAAUGUCAGGAAUAUGCAGAGAAGCCAUUUAAUCAUAAGCAGUAUGGAAAAAGUUUUGUUUCUCUAAUGACCUAUGAGUGUCCUCAGUGUGGGAAAACCUUCUCUUGUUCCUUCCCAGAAGAGACUGUACAGAGAUGUGAUGAUCAGGACCAUGAAAGGACUCAUACUAGAGAGAAACCCUAUGAAUGUAAGCAAUGUGGGAAAGCCUUUAGUUUUUCUAGUUCUUUACAAAAACAUGGAGAAACUCAUACUGGGAAGAAUUCCUAUGAGUGCCCCCAGUGUGGAAAAAUCUUUUCUCAUUCCCGUUCUGUUAGAGAUCAUGAAAGGACUCAUAUUGGAGAGAAACCCUAUGAAUGGUAUGAAAGAACUCAUACUGGAGAGAAACCCUAUGAAUGUAAGGAAUGUGGGAACACCUUUAGUUGCCCCAGAGUUCACACUGGAGAUAAACCCGAUCAGUGUAAGCAAUGUCUUCUUCCUGACAAAAUCAUGAAAGAAGACACAGGAGACAAAUGCUACCAGUUUGCGUCUGAAUUAAGAUGA